CUGUAAGAGAUGCAAGGUUGCCUGGAAGGGACAUGACAAGUCAGGACAAGGCACAGGAAAAGCCUGUAGUUCAGUUCCAGAUUGAAGUCCCUCAUUAGAUUGCCCUCUUCUAGACACGUGAAGGCCAUCAUUGCCACAAAUUAUAGUCCAUUUCUUACUCCUUCUGCUCAUGAUCUGUUAAUUCUUUAUACCCUAUUGUAAGAGAGCCUUAAUGUAGGCAGUCACACUAAAAUGGAUGUUAUGGAAGGAAAGGGCAAUCAACCCAUUCGUCAUUCAAAAGCAAUCUGAGAAAUCACAGAAGAUUUAUGUUGUCCAUGAUGAGCUUGCUAAACCACAUAAUGUGAAGAUUGCAAUUAUUUAACUACAGUGCAAUUUUUUAGCUGACCAUGCUGCAGAACACCUUUUGUUACUCAUGAGAAUUUUUUAUUCGAGGUAGAGCACGAAAUAGUCAUGUGAAGACAUGAGUGUAUGCAAGCUACCACUCGUCAGAAAAAAGGAAAAUUAGUCACGUACUCAUUUAGCAGUUAUUUCCCCUUUUUUGGGAAAUCCAAACACAUGUUUUCUCUCUGUGCCUCUGUUUCUCUCAUCCUCACUCUACGGAAGGAAAGAAAGCUCUGUCUAAAAUGUCGUAUGGUUCUGACACAAGUCUGAUUGGGCAAUGAGAGACAAAUUUCCGCUGUGUGUUGAGCUAAACCUUAUAUAAGGUCCUCACUAGCAAUUUCCAUGAUAGCUUCUUUUGUGAAAAGCUAAUGGCUGAAAGACUGCAGAAACACAGAUUUCAAAAGACUUUCCCUUGACCUUCUCCUUCCAAUUUGCUGUGGAAAAAAAUGCGUGGACUCUUCUUUGUCCUGGUGACGUGCACAGCAGGUGCCUCUGCUUUCAGAUUCCAGCAAGUCAAAAGCAUGGAAAACUGCCCAGAUCACACCGUGUUUUUCAAACACUACUACGAAUUGCAUGGAGAACCUGUGGUUCUGAAGUGCCCUUCCCCCAGUUACAAACAUUUGGAUUUUUCUGCCUUGACUCCUAAUAUCACAUGGUAUAAAAAUGGUUCAAAAACCAUGAUAUCGGGAAGAGAUGAAAAUCCAAGAAUCUGGGCAAAAGAAAAUGCACUCUGGUUUUUACCAGUGAUGCUAGAAGAUUCAGGAGUAUAUAUCUGCAUGAAAAGGAACUCCUCCUACUGUGUAGAAGUCUCCAUCCACCUGACAGUCGUGGAGAAAACAGCUGCUCAGGAGAUUGCCUAUCCCCAGGUCCUCUUCACUUUCACUUCUGGAAAGAUCGUUUGUCCUGACCUGUGGGAUUUUUCACCAAAUUGGACAAUCCCAGAGCUCAAGUGGUACAAGGAUUCCCUGCCUUUGGAAGACAACAGUGAGAAAUUCGUCAUUCUGAAAGGUUCAGCUUUUCUGAUCAUGACGUCUGUGCUACCAACAGAUGCUGGCUAUUACACUUGCAAGAUGUCAUUUCCAUUUGAAGGUGUGAUGUACGAAAUCACCAGGACGAUUCAGCUGGAGACUGUUGAACGAGAGAAGAGAAUUACCCCAAUAAUUGUGUAUCCAACGCAAAAGACAACAUCAGCUGUUCUUGGCUCCAAGAUGACUCUUCCAUGCAAAGUGUUUGUUGGGCUGAGCAGCCAUGUCCAAACUGAUGUGGAAUGGCUGGCAAACGACACCAGUGUUGAUGUGGUUUAUAAACAAAGCAGAGUUACAGAGGGAGAACGACAAGAAAUUGUAGAAAAUGGUGAAAACUUCAUUGAAGUACCAUUGAUUUUUGAUUCUGUUGAAGAAAUGGACUUUUACACAGACUUUACCUGUCUGGCCCAGAACAGAUAUGGAUACCAAGUACUGCCAACAAGGGUCAAGCAGGAAGCUGUUGGCUUGUCCUGGUACAUUGCAAUGAUUCCCAUUGCAUUGGCCUGUGUGAUCGUGGGAGGGAUAUGCUGGAAACGGAGAGACGAUAAAGGAUAUAGCAUAGCAAAGGUUUAAAUUCUGCCUGGUUCUCCAACUGCCAACAGAACAAAAAAUCACCAUGGUUAUCUUUCAUGUGAGGCACAGAGAGCAUUUCAGACCUGAUAUACUGCAUUCCCAGCAGACAGAUAUGUAUCAGCUCUUUCCCUCUUCUCCAAGUCUUCUAUGAUCUGAUGAAGUUCAGAAUAUAAGUUUCCAUUUUUAUACUGCCUAGAUGGAGGAAACUUGAUUCUAUUAUUUUGCAGCUAGGGUGCAAUCUGUAGGAUUCUGGAGCACAGAAUACUGGGAUCGUGCUCUGGAUAUGGGAAAGGUAGGGAAAGGAAGGUGCUCUUACCCUUCGUAAUUUCAAUAAACUUACUGGUUUUUUGUACAAAAGGAAAGGAAACCCCCUAGAAGACCCAUUUGUUUUCCUUUUUCCAGAGCCAAAUGCAGUUGUCAUGGCAACUGUAUAUCUAUGAACUUCUCCAUAAAAACCCUAAAUUUUUUCACCAUUUGGAUUAUUCUUUGCUUAAAUGGACUGUCUCAGAAUAUUCCUCCCCCAGAGAAAACUACAUCUGCAUAACAGAUAACUGUACAUGGGAGUAUUCAGUUCUGUUUUAUCUACUAAUAUGUCAUAGCUAGAUAUUCAUAGGCAGCUGUAACAUGUUGUUAUCUUUGCCAAGGAAAGAAUUUGUGUUUCAAGAGUCAUUUGACUAAUAAAAACUCUCAUUCCUGGAAGUAGCUGGACAGAUUGCCAGUAGUAAUAUACAGUCUCACCCUUUCAUGCCUUUCUGUGACCAAUCUGGUGUAGCUUCAAAUUGUGUCCUUUAAAUUGCAGUAUGCAAAUCGACUACUUAUGAUGCAAAACACUGCCUGUUAGGUUAAUCUAACUGGAUUCUAGUCUUGGCAUAAAUCAGAAGGGAGCAAUAAAUAAUCAGUGACCAUGCUGUACUUUGAGAGACAGAAGGAGUAAAAUGACUCGGUUACUUCCUCUUCAAAGAGACACCACUUAUAAUAGCUGAGAAAUAGUUACAUGACAUAUAAUGUGUAUUAUCUUCAUCUGUAUGGGAGGGAAGAGAAACUGCCUUAAAGGACUACAUUGUACAGAGCCGUAACUGACGCCUCUCACAGACUCUGAAGACAAAGCUUUUUGUUCAAGUAAAUCAUCCCAGAGGUUUUUCAAACUCUGCAGGAAAGAAAUCAGGAAAAACACUGUCUUCAAAGAAACAAAUGGUAACAAACUAGGGAAAUGAGCAGCUCAUGUCCAACUGGGAGAGGCCAUAAUCUAAUUCCUUUCCACCAUCUCUUAUAGCUGGCUUUGAGUUAAUCCAAUAAAUAUUUGGAAAAACUUCAAAGAGUAGGAUGUGACUUGAGUUAGGAAACCUUUAUUAUCUACUAGCAGAAACCUUCGCAAGUAAUGAUAUUUAAGCCAAAGCCUCCCUUUAAAUAUUCUAAGGCAUGGAGAUUAGAGUUCUGACACAGUCUGAGUCAAGAGCAACCAAGGAAGACCACAGAAUUUACUGUUGCCAAGCACAGAAUGUCAGCUAUGAUGAUAAAGACUACAUGUAUUUUAUGGGCAGAUGGGAAAAAGCUGUCUGCAAGUGUGGAAACCAGUCAAUCCACUUGGAUAUCUGUUCUUUGAAGGAAGAAAGCUAUAGAUGAACUGACCAGUGCUGGAAGGAACAUGAAAAAUAUUUUAGGAACAUCAGGAAUGCUCAUUAUUUUCAAGCAAUCGCUAGUCUGUAGCUAGAGAAUAAAUUUGGUUUGUCAGUAAGUGUAACAUUUCAAAAUGUGAUUUGUUCUUCCUUUCCAUCUGUAUUGUCCAAGAGUAGUGUGAUAACACAUCCAGCUAUAGGUACAGGUUGGAUUUCACCAAGUAGUGGAAAAGAAGUAUGUGGAGUAUUGGUGCCAUAAGAAAGUUUAACACCUCAGAUCGUCCUCCAAACUAGAGCGGGAGAAAGAAAUGUGAAUGUGAGAUAAAAAUUAAGCAUAAAGAGAAUAGAUGUUACUCAGUGGCACCUUGAAUACAAAAGGAAUGUAUAGAAACAAAGGCUUAUCUUUUAUGAAGUGAUAUUUGCCUCUCUAACUCUUGGUCUAGCAAUAUUCUGAAGGCUUUCCUCAUAAGCAGACAUUCAAGUGAACUAUAUUAUGUAGAUAUUUUACAGUAGGCUUGAAUAAGUGGUCUACGUAAUGUAAAUGCUUUACAUUUCUUUAUAUCAUUAUACACAAGGGCAACACUGUUUUUCAAAAUGUUAUAUGAAAAAUGAAAAACAAAUAAAACC